UCAGUUGGCUGAAGUCUCGUGGUUCGUGGUCCACCGGUGUGAUCAAACGUGCACUUUGUACAUUUAUAAAUAAUCAAAUAAAUUAAUUAAAGUAAUAAAUAUUAAAAAAUAUUUUUAAACAAUGGAGUCUUUACAGACAGGAUCAUUAGCUAAUAUUGAUAAAGAUGAACUUAUGCAACAGGUUAAACAAGAAAUAGCUGUUGCAAAUGCCCAAGAAUUACUCACGAAAAUAACAGAAAAAUGUUUCAAGAAAUGUAUCAUUAAGCCGGGAAGUUCCUUGGAUAGUUCAGAACAGAAAUGUGUUGCAAUGUGCAUGGAUCGUUACAUGGAUGCAUUUAAUGUCGUAUCUAAAGCCUACAGUAAUCGAUUGCAGAGAGAGCGCAAUAGAUUGUAAAUAAAUAAAUAAAUGUAUUUAUGUAUUAUAACAUAAAUAUAAAUUAAAAUUAUGUUUGGUAUUAUAAGAUGAUGUAAUUUUUUAGUUCGAUUGAAUUAUUAGAAAAAAAAUUAUAAUUGUUAAAGCUAUGAUACUAAAUAAUUUUUUUUUUUACUUCAGUUACAUUAAUAAUAAUGAUUAUUAUAAAAAUGUUAAAUAGUUGUUUUGUAUUUAUAAAUAUUAAUAAUUGAAAAUAAUUACCACAAUUAUUUGUAAAUACAUAAUUUUAUUUGGACUGAAUACAAUUACUAUCAUUUUUUU